AUGGUGUUACUUAAUGGUGUCAAGUAUGCAUGUGAUCGUUGUAUACGUGGUCAUAGAGUUACUACAUGUACUCAUACUGAUCAACCUUUAACAAUGAUAAAACCAAAAGGAAGACCAGCUUCUCAAUGUACUCAUUGUAGAGAAAAUAGAAAAUUAAAAAAUUUACAUGUAUCAUGUUCUUGUGGUAAAAAAGGUAAAGGAGGUUCAAAUCAUGAUAUAAAUUGUGCUUGUUAUAAAACAAAUCAUUGUACAUGUUCAACAAAUUCUUCAUCUUCAACUUCAACUUCCAUAAAAAAAUCAAAAGAUAAUCAAAUAGAAAUUCAAAAAAGAAAACAAUUAUUAGAUAAUGAUUUAAAAAAGAGAUCUACAUCUAUGUCAAUACAAUCAAAUGCAAGUGAUUCUUCACCUGGAAGUACUGGAUAUUCUUCAGCACCUUCUUCAAAUGUACAACAAGAAAUUAAACCAUCAGCAAUAAAUUCUACAAAUCAUCAUCAACAACAACAACAACAACCACAACCACAACAACAACCAAUUAAUCCAGAAUUAAAUGAUAAUUUUGUUAUUGAAGAUAUAAUAAUACCUUUUGAUACUAAAAAUGGACUUUUUGAUAUGUUUUCAAAAAAUGAAAAUUAUGAAACUUUUAGUAAUGAAACAACACCAGAUAAAUUUCCACCACAACCAAAUCAAAAUACUAAUCAAAUCAAUACCGCUAACAAUAAUGAUUAUGUCAAUAUUCGUUCAUCAUUAACUGAUCCAAAUCAAUAUGAUUCAAAUCCAGAUGAUGUUGAUAAUAUGUUUCCAUUAUUCCCAUUAGUUGGAGGUCCAAGUUUUGAUAAUGAAAAUCAACCAUUAUCUGGUAUUCCACAAAAUAAUGAAUAUCAACAACCAAAACCAAUGAGACCAUCAUUAGAUACAUCAACUUCAAAUUAUGAUUAUAAUCUGUAUACAUCUUUUCAAUCAACAUCAGCAGCAUCUGAAUCAACAUCAAAUAUAAAUUUUGGUUCAAAUUUAAAUGAAUCAAAUAAUAAUCAAUAUCAUAAUAAUCAUCAACAACAAUAUUAUCAACUGCGACCUAAAAGACCUGAAAGUGUAUUAUCAAUAGCUUCAAAUUCUUCAACUAGAUCAUUUGAUUUUAUAAAUAAUAGUAGUAAUAAUUAUCAUAAUUCAUCAUCAUUUAUAAAUGGUGGAAUACCAUCAUCAACUACAUCAACUGCUUUUCCACCAAGUGGGAAUUUUUCAUUUGAUGAAAAUAAUAAUAAUUUAGAAGAUCAUCAACAGAAUAAUUAUCAUAAUCAUCAUUUUGGUAAAACAGGAUUAGGAUCAUCAAAUUCAAAUAAUAAAUUUGGUUCACAAUUAAGUAAAAUUGAAAGUGAAAUGUAUACAGAAAAUUUUUUUGAAGAAAAUUUUAAUCAGAAUAAUAAUCAUCCUUUUACUCAUAUUAUUGAAGAUAAAAUUAAUGGGAAAAUUAAUAAUAAUGAUAGUUAUGAGAAUGAUGGUUUGAAAAGAAAUUCAUCUAUUACUUCUUCUUCUUCAAUACCAAAUUAUUUUUAUAAUAAUAAUAAUAAUGAUGGUAGUAGUAACAAAAUAAACAAUGGUAACAAUAAUAACAUCAACAUCAACAAUAUCAACAACAAUAACAACAACAUCAACAGCAACAUCAACAAUAAUAACAAUACCACCAACAACAAUCUUAAAAAUAACGGUAAUAUUAGUCGAAGCAAUAGCACCAAUAAUGGAGUAAAUGGGAACGUCAAUGGUAAUUUGAAUGGUAAUGUCAAUGGCUCCAUUAAAAAUCAAAUCAAUAAUGUCGAAUCAUCAUAUUCAAAAAAUUUUUAUAAUAGUGAAAAUAUAAACAAUCUAAAAUCAAACAAUAAUAAUAAUAAUAACUUUAAAAAUGAGGAAAUAAUUUCAAAUAAUGAUAAUAGUAAUAAUAAAAAUGAAGAGACAGUUGAUGAUGAUAUUCCAUUAUAUCAAGAUUAUUUUAUGCCAACUUUUAAUAAUGGUACACCAACUCCAAACAGUAAUUAA